GGGCCGCUCGGGUCUGAGCCAAUGACUCUUGGUUCCCCGACAUCUCCAAAACCAGGAGCUAGUGCUCAGUUUCUUCCUGGGUUCUUGAUGGGUGACUUACCUGCGCCAGUGACUCCACAACCACGUGCUUUAAGCGGCCCUUCAGUUGGUGUGAUGGAAAUGAGGUCUCCACUACUUGCAGGAGGAUCUCCCCCACAACCAGUAGUCCCUACGCAUAAAGAUAAAAGCGGUGCUCCACCAGUUAGAAGCAUAUAUGAUGAGUUAUCUAGUCCUGGACUUGGAUCAACACCUCUAACCUCAAGAAGACCAGCCAGCUUUUCUCUAACACAGAGCCCGUUGGUUGGAACUAUGCCAUCAACUCCUGGAACAGCUUCAAAUAUGUUCAGUCCUGCAAGUAUUGGGCAACCUAGGAAGACUACUCUGUCUCCUGCUCAGCUGGAUCCUUUUUAUACUCAGGGUGAUUCCCUGACUUCAGAAGAUCAACUAGAUGACACAUGGGUAACUGUAUUUGGAUUUCCUCAAGCAUCAGCUUCAUAUAUUCUUCUACAGUUUGCUCAGUACGGAAACAUAUUGAAGCAUGUGAUGUCCAACACAGGAAACUGGAUGCAUAUUCGAUAUCAGUCUAAGCUUCAAGCUCGGAAAGCCUUAAGCAAAGAUGGAAGAAUCUUUGGUGAAUCUAUCAUGAUUGGUGUAAAGCCAUGUAUAGAUAAAAGUGUGAUGGAAAACUUUGAAAGAAGCUCUGCAUCCUCAAUGUCUUCAGUUUUCACUCCACCUGCAAAAUCCGUUGGCACACCAGUACAACCCGCAAAUAAUACUACGAGGAUUUCUACAAUGAGACCUCUUGCAACAGCAUACAAAGCUUCCACUAGUGACUAUCAGGUGGUGUCUGACAGACAAACUCCUAGGAAAGAUGAAAGUAUUGUGUCUAAGGCAAUGGAAUAUGUAUUUGGCUGGUAAUAUACAAGAGGAAGUAACACACUAAGUUGGUCAGGGUUUGAAAUAGGCUACUGACAUCCGUGGUUAGUUGUAUAACUACUGGUGGCAGUAUUUUAACUUACAUCUCACCUUUUAUGCCUUCAGUUGAUUCAGCAGACAUGUAGCUUGCACUUUAAAUGAUGGCAAUGUACACACGGUUUUAAAAACUGAGUAAGUGUAAAUACAAGUGUUUUUCCCAUUU